GCACUUCAGCGAAUAUUCAAACCUCAAAAGUGCACCGUCAAUGUAGGAAAGUCAUCACGCAGGCGAUACUGGUUCUGCGCUCUGUGAAAUUGCGUGUUCUUAUAGCACAAAUUGGCAGUGCCCGUAUAUUGGAUCAGUAAGGAAAAAAAAACAGCUUCUGAUGCGACAUGCCGCGUUUUCCUCUGGUGUAUUUUUCAGUGCUUCACUUCCCAAUCUUCGUCUGUUCGAGAGAAUCUAAUAGUGAUCCCGGAACACUAGUCUAUCCUCUGCUCUUUGAAACGAGGAGUGAAAAUGGAGAGAGGGCUGUUCACUUAAGUGAUGGGAACUUUGUGCACCUGCACAAAGCUACCGUACUGCACGAUACAUUGACUGUGCACUCAUUCCAGAACAACAAACGCAUCGUUCGAACGAUUGAAUCCAAGGAUAUCGAACGAAAUCUUUACGAAAACAAAAAAACAUUGGCUUCUCUUCUUCUGGAAGAAACUGCACAUGGAAUUGUGAUGGAGGGCCCUGUAAACCACACGUACCGCAUUCAACCUUUAUUUGAAGCUGAAAGGUCUGAGAGCGGACAAAUUGCUCACAAACUAUAUCUGGUAAAGCCACAUAAAGCAAAUGUUAUUGAAUCAAUUCCAGAAUUUGAACCUAUGCCUGAGGAUUUUAAAGUAGAGGCCAGAAGCGAACUUCCAAAGGUUUUUCGUCCUGACGUGUUUCUAAUAUCCGAUUAUGAACACAACAGGCACUUCUCGAGCCUUGAAAAACUGGUGAUAUACCUCGUCGUACUUUUCAAUGGCGUCAAACUGCGAUACGAAAGUGUGCGUUACCUAACAAUCAUACCUAGACUUGUUGGAAUUGAACGUGCUCAAUGGGGGCAAGACUCCUAUGAAGUGAUGUAUGGAGAAAGUAUGAUAUCAGAAGAUACUCUGAGAAACCUACAGUCGUACGUCGAAGGGCGGCUAAAUGACUUCAAGGGCGCUGACGCCGUUAUGCUGAUCACCGGACACUCCAUGAUCAGCGUUAGCACUGGACAGAUCAGGAAAGGUGUAGCAGGGAUAGCCAUGACUGGAGGUCUGUGCACGAGGCGAAGGGUGGCGGAAAGCUUGGACAUCGGGAGAGGAUAUGCCGGCAUUGUUCAUCUAGCUCACGAGCUGGCGCACUUAAUGGGAUCCAGUCAUGAUGAAGCGGCGCCCGUACCAGGCAUUCCAGGAAAUCAAGGUGCGUACCAUUGCCGCUGGAGUGAUGGACACAUCAUGAGCUACGACUUGAAGGACGAGAACCAGUUUACUUUUUCACAGUGCUCCCAAGAGCAGUUUGUGGUUUUCCUAAGGCUUGUCCCUCCACGUUGCAUAGAAAAUACUUGGACAGGCAAGUUGCCUAAGAACUCGCGUAGAUAUCCCGGUGACACUUUGUCCCGCAAAAAAUUCUGCCGCCGGGAGUCUGGAUUACUACAGUCAAAGGAAUGCACAAAAAGAAGCGGAGAUGCUCUUUGCAAGAUAACGUGCUGCCCUGGAAAAGACCGGUACAAACGAGACGUUAAAAUGGCUGAAUACUGGUGCCUAGAUGGAACAAACUGUGGCAAAAACAAGGAAUGCUACAGCGGUUACUGCAAGGCCAAACGCAAGAAGUAAAGCAUCAUCGAACGAAAAGAGGCGAGCAGGAAAUUAAGCCAUUAGCAUUCAGUGUGCUUUCUAAACUACAGCAACGUUUUUCUAAAUAAAUAAAUAAAUA